UCGCCGGCUGUAGAUUUAUCGGUCCCGAGAGAUGGAGUUCUUGGAGGAGGAGAGGCGGCCGCGAUUCCUCUUCCAAGCCGGCCGCAGCGCCGGCGUAUUCGCCGCCUCCACGGCGAUCGAAGAGGACCCAAAGUUGGAUAAGUUUCACGCCGCCGCUUGCCUCUCCGCCUCGGCUGCCCUCCUCUUCCUCGCCUACCUUUCCCUCUCCGGCACCCAGACCCUCGCUUCCCUCCUCUUAUGGGCUGCCUUCUCCCUCGCCCUAGGCGCUUUCUCACCUCCCUCCUCCACCGGAGGUGACUGCCGCGUCGGUCGCGGAGAUCCUCUCCCCGAUCCCGAGCCCGCCCCUGAUCACUCCGAUCUUGACGAUCCCAAGAAGCGGAUCCAGGGCCGUCGCGCCAGAUCCAAGAAGCCGGAAGACCCUCCUCCUCCUCUGGUUCCCGUCGUCUCGGCAAUGGCGAAGAUCAAAGAUCCGAUCUUAGACAAUGACAGUGGAUUAGCGGAUCACGUCAAGUCGGAACAAAAUGAAGAAGAGAAAGAAUGGACCGAUGAGGACUUUGAGCUUCUCAAGAGGCAGAUCUCGAAGCACCCAGUCGGCAAACCACGGCGGUGGGAGAGGAUCGCCGAAGCUUUCCGAGGCCAGCACGGGUUGGAUAGCGUGAUAACCGCUGCAAAGUCAUUAUCGGAGAAGAGACCUGCGUCUGGGGAUUCGUAUCAGCAGUUUCUGAAGCAGAGGAAGCCGGUGGAUAAACGAGUGGUGGCAGCCGAGUUGGAGUUGCCACUUCAAGUUGGAGAGAACGGUGAUUCCACCAAGGAGAAUGGUGGAGGGGCGGAAAAAUGGAGCUCGGGAGAGGACAUUGCACUUCUUAAUGCUCUCAAGACAUUCCCCAAGGAUGUGUCAAUGAGGUGGGAGAAGGUUGCUGCAGCAGUACCAGGCAAAUCGAAGGCAGCCUGCAUGAAGAGGGUCGCGGAGUUGAAGAGAAACUUUCGAACCUCGAAAGUUACAGAUGCGUGAAUAAAUCCUGCUUCCAUUUUACUGAUCUGGAGGUUAAUAUGCUUCUUAUGCAA